AUGGUCACUAUCAUCGAUGUCUUCUAUGAAUAUGCCAGCCAAGAUAAGGAGUGUGACAUGUUAAAGAAGGAAGAAAUGAAGGUACUUUUGGAAAAUGAGUUUCAUCAAAUUCUGAAGAAUCAAGAUGAUCCAGACACUGUAGGCAUCAUCAUGCAAAACCUGGAUCGAGACCAUAACAACAAAGUGGAUUUUACUGAGUAUCUUCUGAUGAUAUUCAAGCUGGCACAGGCUUGUAAUAAAAUCAUCAGCAAAGAUUACUGCCAAGCGUCAGGGUCAAAGCAGAGAGACCACAGUCACUGGCACCAAGAGGAACAGAGUGAAACAGAAGAUGAGGACAAAAGAAAAGGAAGGUCUUCCACUUACUCAAGUUGUAAUGCAGGAGAGAGCGAUUCCUAUUCCAGGGGUCCCAGAGGGAUCACUAAACACAGGCCUGGAUCCAGAUGUGGAAGAAAGGAGAAUCAAAGGGGCCGGUCUAGUUCUGGGCACAGGCAAAGCUCUGGGGAAAGGAGAGAGUCAAGCUCAGGACACCUCAAGAACAACAAGAAAAACAAACAUGGCUCUCAUCAGCAAGAGUCUGAGAGUGAAGAAGUUGGUUAUACUCAUUCAAGCAACUGUAGCAAAAGAUCAAACUCAGCAAAUCAGUCAGAGAGCACUGCAGAAUUAAGAAAUAUAUACUACUCAGAAAGUGAGUCCUAUAGCCCUGACCAAAACUCAUCUGAUUCAAAUGAAUCCUUAGGGAAUAGACAAUCUAAGAAGAAAUCGAGCCAGUCACCUCAUAAGCUACUUCAUGAAAUCAGCUCAGGGAGUUGUGAUGGUCUAGACCAUUGGUCAGCUCCAAAUGAAACUACUGGCUGUGGUCACGGGUAUGACUUGUGUCAGUCCUCUCAACAGAGAUGGCAAAAAACAAAUACAGGGUCUCAAUCAGGAAAAUGUGAGGAACAAGGAUACUGUUCUAGUUCUAGUGACAGUUAUGGAAAGUCACUGCACAAGUCAUGCACAAGUCACUCCCCUAGUCAAGAUAGAUGUCAGUCAUCUGGCUGUGGCCAAACCACGUCAAGCUCAGGCCAAUCAUCUUGUUUAGGAAAACAUGGGUAUGGUUCAGGCCAGUCUGCUAAUUAUGGUCAAUUUGAUUCUACAUCAAGACAGUCAUCAACCUGUGACCAACAUCGAUCUUGCUCUGAUCAGUCUUCGCAUUAUGGUCAACAUGGAUCAAGUCAGCCAUGCAGCCACAGACAAAAUCUCUCUGGCUCAGGUCAGUCCUCUAGUUGUGAUCUACAAAGAUCUGGAUUAGGUCAGUCUUUUAACAACAGACAACAUGGAUCUUCAGGUCAGUCCUCUUGGUGUGGACAACAUCAGUAUAGAUCCGGUCACUCUUCUAGCUGUGGCCAAUAUGGAUCUAACUCUGGUCAGAUAUCCAGCGGUGGUCAACAUGGAUCAGGCUCAGGCCAGUCUUCUAGUUGCAGUCACCAUGGAUCUGGCUCUGGUCUGUCUUCUAGCUGUGGCCAAUAUGGGCCUGGAUCAAGCCAAUCUUCUGGUUAUGAAAAGCCUGGUUCCACUUCAGGACAGUCAUCUACCUGUGCCCAGAGUGAAUCUAGCUAUGGACAGUCCUCUGGUUAUGGUCAAUACGGAUCAAGUCGAUCUUCAAACCACAGACGACAUGGUUCAGGUUCAGGUCAGUCUUCUCGCUGUGGCCAACAGAGACCUACUUCUGGUCAGUCUUCUGGCAAUGCUCAACAUGGGUCAAGUCAGUCUUGUAGCCACAGACAACACGAUUCUGGUUCAGGUCAGUCUUCUACCUGUGGUCAACAGGGAUCUAGCUCAGGUCAGUCUUCUAGCUGUCAUCAAUACGGUUCUGGAUCAGGUCAGUCCUCUAGCUGUGGCCAGCAUGGACAUGGAUCAGGUCAGUCCUCUAACUGUGGCCAAUAUGGAUCUGGAUCAGCCCAAUCUUCUACUUUUGGGAAACCUGGUUCUGCUUCAGGACAGUCAUCUACCUGUGGCCAACGUGGAUCAAGCUAUGGACAGUCCUCUGGUUAUGGUCAACAUGGGUCAAGUCAAUCUUCAAGGUACAGGCGACAGGGGUCAGGGUCCACUCAGUCUUCUAGCUGUGGUCAAUAUGGACCUAGCUCGGGUCAGUCUUUUGGCUAUGGUCAACAUAGGUCAAGUCAGUCUUGUAGCCAUAGACAACAUGGUCCUGAGUCUGGAUCUGGUCACUCCUCUGGUGGUGAUCAAUAUGGGUCUGGAGCUGGACAGUCAUCUAGGUAUCAGCAAACUGGUUCUACUUCAAGACAGACAUCAAGCGGUGGCCAGCAUAGACCUAACUCGGGUCAGUCUUCUAUCUGUGGCCAAUAUGGGUCUGGAACAGGACAGUCAUUUAGCUGUGGUCCACAAAGCUCUGGCUCAGGUCAGUCUUCCAGUUGUAGCCAGUAUGUGUCUGGAUCAGGACAGUCUUCUACUUAUGGGCAACCUGGAUCUAGUUCAGGACAAGCAUCAAGCUGUGGUAAACAUGGAUCUAGCUCUGGUCAGUCUUUUGGCUAUGGUCAACAUGGAUCAAGUCAGUCUUGUAGACACAGACAAUAUGGCUCUGACUCAGGUCUGUCUUCUAGCUGUGGUCAACAUAGAUCUGGCUCAGGUCAGUUCUCUAGCUGUAGCCAACAUAGAUCUGGCUCAGGUAAAUCAUCUAGCUGUGGCCAAUAUGGGCCUGUUUCAAGUCAGUCUUCCAGCUGUUGUCACAAUGGACCUAGUUCUGGUUGGUCCUCAGGUUAUGGUCAGCAUGGGUCUAGUCAGUAUCAUAGCCAUAGACAAUGUGACUCUGGCUUAGAUCAGUCUUCUAACUGUGGUCAACAUGGAUAUGGAACAGGUCAGUCUUCUAGCUGUCAUCAAUAUAGCUCAGGAUCAGGUCAGUCCUCUAGCUAUUGUCAACAUGGCUCAGUCUCAGGUCAGACUUCUAGUUGUGGGCAAUAUGAGUCUGGGUCAGGCCAGUCAUCUACUUAUGAGCAAUGUGUACCUACUUCAAGAGAGUCAUCUAGCUGUGGCCAACAUAGAUAUGGAUCAGGUCAGUCCUCUAACUGUGGCCAAUAUGGAUCUGGAUCAGGCCAGUCUUCUACUUAUGGGCAACCUGGUUCUUCAUCAAGCUGUAGCCAACAUGGAUGUAGCUAUGGGCAGUCCUCUGGUUAUGGUCAACAUGGGUCAAGUCGAUCUUCAAGCCACGGGAGACAUAGUUCAGGUUCAGGUCAGUCUUCUACUUGUGGUCAAUAUGAUGCAAGCUCUGGUCAGUCUUCACGCUAUGGUCAACAUGGGUCAAGUCAGUCAUGUAGCCAUAGUCAACAGGGAUCUGGGUCAGGUCAUUCCUCUACCUGUAGUUACCAUGGUUCUGGAUCUGGUCAUUCCAUUGACUGUGAUCAAUAUGGGUCUGGAUCAGGACAGUCUUCUAGGUAUCGGCAAACUGGUUCUACUUCAACACAGUCAUCAAGCUGUGGCCAGAAUGGUUCUAGGCCUGGUCAGUUUUCUGGUUAUGGUCAACAGGGAUCAGGUCAGUCUUCCGGCUGUGACCAAUAUGGGUCUGGAUCAGGCCAGUCUUCUAGGUAUGGGCAAACUGUUUCUACUUCAGGACAGUCCUCAAGCUGUGGCCAAAAUAGAUCAAGCUCUGGUCAGUCUUCUGAGUGUACUCCAUGUAGGUCUGGUCAGUCUUAUAGACAUAGACAACAUGGCUCUGGCUCAGGUCAGUACUCUAGCUGUAGUCAACAUGGAUCUGGGUCAAAUCAGUCUUCUAGCUGUGGACAACAUAUACCAGGCUCUAGUAUGUCUUCUAGUUGUGGCCAAUAUGGGCCUGAAUCAGGCCAAUCAUCUAAUUAUGGACAUGGUUCUAUUUCAGGACAGUCAUCAAGCUGUGGUCAACAUGGAUCUAGCUCUGGUCAGUCUCCUAGCUAUGGGCAACAUAGUUCAAGUCAUUCCUGUAGCCGUAGACAUUAUAGCUCUGGUUCAAGUCAGUCAUCUGGCAAUGGACACCAUGGACCUGGCUCAGGUCAGUCUUCUACCUGUGGUCAAUAUCCAUCUGGGUCAGGCCAGUCUUCUAGUUAUGGACAACAUGGUUCUACUUCAGGACACUCAUCAAGCUGUGGCCAACAAGGCUCUAGCUCUGGUCAGUCUUCUAGCCAUAGAAAACAUGGCUCUGUCUCUGGUCACUCUUCAAGCAAUGGCCAAUAUGGUUCUGGAUCAGGUCAGUCUUCUAGCUAUGGGCAACAUGAAUCUAACUAUGGACAGUCAUCUGGCUAUGGACAAUCUCUGGCCAACAUGGGUCUGGCUCAGGUCAGUGUUCUAGCUCUGGCCAACAUGGAUCCAGCUCUGGUCAGUAUUCUGGCUAUGGACAACAUGGGUCAAGCCAGUCUUCUAGACAAAAACAACAUGGUUCUGCCCGCAGUCAGUCCUCUAGCUCGGGCCAAUAUGGGUCUGGAUUAG